CAUGACAUCCCCAACUCUCGCGAGAUCUCCGCUGGCCCCGCCCCUUCCUGCUAUGGCCGCGCUCCCGCCGGUCUCACCACGAUGCAUUCGGACGAUGUUGUCUGGGAUACGCUCGGGAACCGGCAGUUCUGCUCCUACAAGAUAACGACGAAGACCCAGAACUUCUGCCGGAAUGAGUACAACCUGACGGGUUUGUGCAACCGUUCCUCCUGCCCACUGGCCAACAGCCAGUACGCCACCAUCAGGGAGGAGAAGGGUCGGUGUUACCUGUACAUGAAGACAAUUGAGCGGGCACCUUUCCCCCGUCGGCUCUGGGAGCGGGUCCUGCUAAGCAAGAACUAUGAGAAAGCCCUGGAGGAGAUAGACGAGAAUCUCAUCUACUGGCCACGCUUCAUCAGACACAAGUGCAAGCAGCGGUUUACCAAGAUCACACAGUACCUCAUCCGUAUCCGGAAGCUGACGCUCAAGCGACAGAGGAAGAUUGUUCCUUUACGGAGGAAGAUUGAAAGGCGAGAGAAGAGGAGAGAGGAGAAAGCCCUGAUUGCUGCUCAGCUGGAUAAUGCCAUCGAGAAGGAAUUACUGGAAAGACUGAAACAGGAUACGUAUGGAGACAUUUACAACUUCCCCAUUCACGCCUUUGACAAAGCCCUGCAACAGCAAGAGGCUGACAGCGAGAGCGAGUCCGAUGCAGAGAAGGAAGAAGACGAGGAGGAGGACGCAGAUAAAAGGGAGUUUGUGGAAGCAGAUGACAGUGACCUCAGCGACUUUGAGGACAUGGAUAAGUUGGAGACAAGUAGCGAAGAGGAGCAGGAAGAAGAGGAAGAAGUAGAGAAGAAAGCCUCUCGCUCCAAAUCUAAAGGGAAAACUCCCCUGAAAGGACCAGCUAGAAGAAAACGUCCGUACAUUGAGAUAGAGUAUGAAAAAGAAACAGAGCCUGCCACCAAAACGAAAGCAGCCUGAACUCCCAUUUUGUACCAAAUGACAGACCACCACUAGAACUCCUUCCAGCUUCUGCCACUCUGUGCAGGAUCCUUAAUAAUUACUCCUUUUCCAUACUGCAGACUAAUAAUUUUCAUUAAGAUAAGAAGGCGAUUGCAGCAGAUUUGUACAACUCCUGCAGCAAGCCUCCUGAAGAAGGCUCCCCACCUUUUCUACCACACCAGGCUCAGCUCAGACCAUGCUCCAGGAAGGAACCUGGAUUGGGCAGCACUGUCACUUGCUUCCAAAGCUGGAGAAGCCCGUGUGCAUCUGGGCGAGUGCACUUGUUUUGGGGAGGUGUUGGGAUAA